UAAACUGCAGGAAUCAAACAAUUUCGUGGUAGGCAGCCCGGGCAUAAUGUGAUGUUGAGUGUGAAGUUGCUGCGUGCUGCGGCUGAUGGGAGCCCCACCUCCUCCCAUCUUCUGAUGAGAGGAGAGAGGCAGCGAAGGGAGCAAGUCAUCCACAGCAUCUCGCCACCACUUGCUCUCUGGAACCGCUUCAGAUGGGCUCUUUUUUUUGGAUUAUUUUCCUUCCUCCUCUGUUUUAAGGCUCGUCCUUCCUUGCAAGUGACAUACACGUUGAUGUCAUUUUGACUCUUUGGAGUCUUACUUUCUGGUGCACAAACUUGGACCGAAAGGGAUGCACGCAGCGGACAUUGCAUGAGGAUGGAACAUGGCACACAGGGAAGCAAUCCCCGAUGGAAUGAGGUCGCUCAUUUCCCGGGGUAAUCGUUAAAUAGUUGAAACCAAACCGCUGAAAAAAAAAAAAAAUCCAUCACGCUUAGGCGACUGUCGGGAGACCAGGGAGGUUGCAGUCCCCUGAAUUUUAAUGCGGGAAAGUUCUAAACGGAUUGAGUGGCUGCUGAAGUUAUUUUGAGGAGGUCUUCUGGGUUGGUGGAUGUACUGUAUCAGCUUUUUGGACGGAUCCAAGUCUCUGGCUCAGGUAAUUCCACUGCAAAACUGGACUAAUCCACCCUGGCCCCUGAGAUGUGUAUGAAGCUCUGUGGCAAAGGAGCAGGAAAAUAAUUAUGAUAUAAUUCAACAAUAUAAAAAAACAAUCCUAUUUGCAUUACUGUUUGAAGGCAGAUCUUCUGAUGACCCCAUGGAACAAAAUUUACUCGUGAUGCUGUUUUGGGUUCUGGUUCUGCUCUGUGGCUCUGCUCUCGGCAGCAUCCUGUACAGGGUUCAGGAGGAGCAGCCUCCUAACUCUCUUAUUGGUAGUCUGGCAGCAGACCAGGGGCUGCCAGACUCGGGUCAUCUGUACAAGCUGGAGGUGGGUGCCCCUUAUCUACGCGUUGAUGGAAAGACUGGAGAUAUUUUCACCACUGAGAUUCCCAUCGACAGAGAGACACUGAGAGACUGCCGGUUGCUUGUUAAGGGUAAGCCCUGCUACCUGGAAUUUGAAGUAUCAGUGACAGAUUUGAUACAGAAUCAGAGCCCGAGACUCAUUGAAGGACGCAUUGAGGUACAGGACAUCAAUGACAACACCCCCCAGUUCCCUUCGUCUGUGCUCACCAUCUCUGUACCCGAAAACACGAUAAUGGGGGCACUGUUCUCCAUGCCUCUAGCUACUGACAGGGACUCAGACAGGAAUGGGGUGAGUGAUUAUGCCCUGACUGCGGGACCAGAUGCAGCGACGUUAUUUGGUUUACAAGUGGCCGACGACAGGGGCGGCAAGCUCCCGCAGCUUAUCGUUCUGGGCAACUUGGAUCGCGAGUUAAAGGAUUCCUAUGACCUCACCAUCAAAGCAGUGGAUGGCGGCAACCCACAACGCUACAGCAGCGCUUUGCUGCGAGUGGUCGUCACUGAUGCCAAUGACAAUGCACCCAAGUUUGAAAAAGCCACUUAUGAAGCAGAAGUGUUGGAGAACAGUCCAGUGGGGCACUCUGUGUUGCAGGUCAAAGCAAAUGACUCUGACAUGGGCCCCAAUGGAGAAAUUGAGUACACACUUCAUCAAGCAGGAGAACCGGUGCCAAAACUAUUACGAAUCGAUCGGUCCACCGGUAUCAUCUAUGUCAAAGGGUCACUUGAUCGAGAGGAAAUUGACAGCAUGUCCUUCUACGUGGUGGCGAGGGAUAAGGGUCCGCAACCCAAGAGCUCAAAGACCUUUGUGACCAUUGCGGUGACUGACCAAAAUGACAAUCCUCCAGCUGUGGAGAUACGCGGGAUUGGACUUGUGACUCACAGUGAAGGGGUGGCUAAUAUUUCCGAAGACAUGCCAGUGGGAACGGCGGUUGCUUUGGUGCAAGUGUCCGACAAGGAUGAGGGAGAGAAUGCCGUGGUCACAUGUGUGGUUGCGGGGGACGUGCCCUUCCAGCUUCGCCCUAUCAGCGACUCAUCCAGUGACAACAAGAGGAAGUACUUCCUACAAACCACCACUCCUCUCGACUAUGAAAGGGUGAAGGAUUAUCGAGUGGAGAUUGUGGCUGUUGAUUCGGGAAAUCCAGCACUCUCGAGUACCAACUCACUGAAGGUGCAGGUAACUGAUGUGAACGAUAACUCACCGGUAUUCUCCCCAACCUUGUUUGAGGUUGAGUUUGCAGAGGAAAACCAACCUGGAGAAAAAGUUUUGGAUGUCAUAGCCUCAGAUGCAGACAGCGGCACAAAUGCCCAACUCUUGUAUAACAUUGUGGCAGACACAUCAAUCAAGGGUCUGUUUGAGAUCGAUCCAAAUACAGGAGCAGUCAAAGCCCGGAACCCGCUUGAUCGUGAACACAAAGAACAUUAUGAGUUCCGGGUCACUGCAUCUGAUAAAGGGUCACCUGUGCAUAAAGGAACAGCAAGCGUUAUGAUAAGAGUCCUCGACCGCAAUGACAAUGACCCAAAAUUCAUGCUCAGCGGCUAUAGCUUCUCCGUUUUAGAAAACAUGCCUCCCCUCAGCCCAGUUGGCAUGGUAACUGUCAUGGAUGUAGAUAAAGGUGAGAAUGCUCGUGUUCAGCUCUCUGUAGAGCCUGAUGGGGGGAAAUUUGUUGUUCAAAAUGGAACUGGCACCAUUCUAUCGAGCAUUUCAUUUGACAGAGAGAAAGAAAGCAGCUACACUUUCCGUCUAAAAGCAGUGGAUGGGGGUCAGCCACCUCGGUCCUCUUAUGUGGGUGUUACCAUCAAUGUGCUGGAUGAAAAUGACAAUGACCCUGUGGUCACAAAGCCCUCCAAUUCCUCCUUCACACGUUUGUCACCUCUAGCAUCCCCAGACAGCCAUGUUGAGAUAGUGGAAGCCGAAGAUCUGGACAGUGGGCCCAAUGCAGAUCUGAUCUUCAGCAUUGCAGGUGGAAACCCUUACCAGUUAUUUCGCAUCUCCCCCUCCAGUGGGGAGAUUACCCUGGCAAAGGAAAUGACUCCCAAAUAUGGUGGACUACAUCGCCUGGUGGUAAAAGUGAGUGACAGGGGGAAGCCUGCACGUCAUGCCACUGCCUUGGUCCAUAUCUAUGUCAAUGAAACCAUUUCAAAUAUCAGCUUAGUGGAGGCACUGGUUGGACACAGUCUUUACACUCCACUAGACAGGGAUAUUGCUGGUGAUCCUGACAGUGGUUUUGCCGCACAACGCAGCAACAUUUUGUUUGGAAGCCUUGCUGGUGUGGCAGGUGUUGUGAUACUCAUCUUGGUGGUGGUUUUCAUUCGACACCGCAUCCAGAGAGAGACAAAGAGCGGAUAUCAAGCGGGCAAGAAGGAAACAAAAGACUUAUAUGCACCCAAACAGGCACCAAAAAAUGCCAAAGGUAAAAGAGGCAGGAAAGGAAAACCUCAGAAAUCUCCAAAACCACUUGGGGAAGAGGAGGAGGUCAGCCUCCAAAAAAGUCUCAAGUUCAACCUUGAUGCAGUCAAUGAUAGCCCGAGGAUACAUCUACCGCUAACUUACUCACCAGAAAGCCCUGAUAUAGGCCGACACUACCGCUCCAACUCCCCCUUGCCCUCCAUUCAGCUGCAGGCCCAGUCUCCAUCAGGCUCACAGAAGCAUCAGGCAGUCCAGGACCUUCCGGCUACCAACACCUUCGUAGGAACGGGAGGAGAUGACAACUCCACCGGGUCAGACCAGUACUCUGAUUACAGCUACAAGAACAGUCAACCCAAAUACAACAAGCAGCACCCCCAUCGGCGAGUGACCUUCUCCACCACCAACCCCGUGCAGGACCUGCAGGAUGCCUCCCAGCACAGUUACUAUGACAGCGGCUUGGAAGAAUCGGAGACACCCAGCAGCAAGUCGUCGUCUGGCCCGCGCAUCGGACCCUUGACCCUGCCCGAGGACCACUAUGAGCGAACCACUCCAGAUGGCAGCAUUGGAGAGAACGAACACCCUGAAAACGACAUUCGCUCGCUGCCCGAUGUUGCGAUGACCGGAAACUGUACGACUGAGUGCAGCGAAUUGGGCCACUCAGACGCCUGCUGGAUGCCCGGGCAUCCCUCUCCCGUACGCAGGAUGACGAGGAACCCCCCGAAACUCUCCACCUUUGUGCCUUACCAGGAAAGAGGGAGUCUGGGACGCCUGGCGAACGGGAGCGCCAUUCUGGGUGGCGAAGAGCACCGAUCACGCCUUCCGCCCUCUCGCAGUGCCUACGCCGGCAGCGGUCAGGACGCCAGUCAGGACUGCCCUUUGGAGGAGAUGCCCCUCAGCGUAACGUCUGAGUUCCCGCCCACCUCCCCGUCCGCCCACACUCCUAAGCGAGAAAUCUAUCUGUGAAUACCAACCUUGAAUCAGUCCAGAGUUGAAGAAAAGAACAAAACAGGCUACCGCCCAGCUGUAACACAAGACUGUGAUUCAUCCAAUUGCUGGCUUGAUCACGUGGGUCAUUUGCCAUCUCCACCUAUGAGCGUAUUUAUUACAAAUUUCACAACCUUGAAUUGAUACACGCAUUCAUUUACAUUUGAUACACGAUCUUGCAGGAUGCGUCAUUACUACCCAGGUGAUAACUGAUUAUCAUCGUAGCUAGCCAACCCACUACGGGGGCUGAGAAGUGCAAAACAUUGGAACAAGAAGUUCAACAAAUGACAGUCACACCGCCUGGAAGGGGAAUGUACCACACGGAUCUGACAGGAAGUGGUGACAGUGUUAAUGGAGGACAUUGGCAUCAUUGCCCAUUUUGCGGCACAUUUUUUAAGACGCUUGACGCGAUUUUAUUGCACACGUGGCCGGUGUAAAAGGCCCAGAGUAUUCCUGGGGUUAGAGUAGCCUCGGACAGUUUGUACCCCAGGGUAUAUACAGUAACAGACGAGGCCACUUUAUUCCCCCUGGGCCAGAUUAUGCCCCUGAUGAAAUCUACUUCAUAUUAAUAACCACAUACCAAUAACAACGUUCUUAUAUUGGCUAACAUUUCAACGUUAAAGGCAGUGUUCAGUUGUUUUCUGCAGAUUUAUUCCAUAAAGUAUAAACCGAUCCGGGCCAGUUUAUACCCCCGGGUAUACUCUGGCCUAGGCCACAUUAUACCCUGGUCAAUUUGGGUUGGGGUUAAUUUGGGCGGUCAUUGCAGUUUUUAAAAUGGUUCUUACCAGACGAAAGGCCCAUCGGGUAUUUUAAUGAGGGUGUAAUGGGGGUAAAAAGUGUUUUGCCCUUCUCGGCUGCCAACUUUAACCGGAAAAGGAAUGUACCAACUCCCCGGAGCUGAUUGGUCUGAACGUUAUCACUUGCUAUAACUCUGGGAUUCGGUCCGUUCCCCUUCCAGGUGGUGUAAUUGUAACUUGUUUUGGUUUCUGUGAAGGUGUUUUGCACUUCUCGGUCACCGUAACCUACGCUGUCAAGUGAUCUUUUUUGAAAUUUGAAAGUCGUGAUCAGUGCUCUUUGUGCCAUUCUUGGAUCAUUUUGAUAGACAGCCAGUCAGGCCCUGCCGGAAGGCUUCACGCUUUUGACUAACAAUCAGACAACGUGUUCUCUAGUUGUACAAUGCUGUAAAUACAUUUUGAAUGGUGUGCUCUACAUAUAUUUUUGUCUGGGAGAGGCUGAUAACAAAAAAAAAAAAGUAAUUUAAAUUUUGAGGCUUUUCUUUUGGCGCUGCUGUUUAAAACUUUGAUUGAAAACAUCUCCGGAGAGGAGCUCAAUAUUGUGGGAAAGCAUUUAUCCGCUCCAUAUAAUCACACACACCUUCAACCCCUAAUCAUAGCAGGAUGGCCUUUACCUCUGCUCCCUGCGGAGCCUCGCCGUGGGUGAUGGAACCUCCGCAGCAGACAUUAGGUUCCGUUGACUCUCAGCCCUGUGACCGAUAGUUUACCAUCAAAGCGGUUGACUUGGCCGCAGCCCCUUGGAGUCCCAACGACAAAACACCAGACCCAGAUUGGCUUUGACUUCAAAUCCUUCUGACUCACUUUGUUUUGUUUUGUUUUUUUCCGAGACAAUCUACUCGCUUGUUAGUCAUUUCCCUUCAUGGAGGACUCCUCUCAGAUCUAAUGCAUAUGUAAGGGGGUUAUUUACCCCAAUAAAAAAAACAAGACUUGCAUCUAAAGAGCAGCGUAGCACUGGAGUGCAUCCUUAUGUAGUCCUCCUCAUUCUGAGCAGUCUUUGUUGUUUCAAAGUAUCCCGUUCUAAUCUCACUACCUGUGUUCAGAGGGGACUCCUUGAAGAGCGUCGUCCAAGUAAACCAUCAUUAGCAUCACUUAAAGGAAAGCACACUUUUUUUGCACGGUGGCCAAGUGGUUAGCAUGUCAGGAGAUCUGGAUGAUCCGGGUUCGAAUCUCUGUGUGGAGUUUGCAUGUUUGGGUUUUCUCCAGGUGCUCACAUGAAUGUUAGCUUAAUUGGCGACACUAAAUUCUCCAUAGGUGUGAAUGCGAGUGUCUAUAUGUGCCCUGCGAAUGGCUGGAAACCAGCCCAGCGUGUACCCCGCCUCUCACCCAGAGUCAGCUGGGAUAGGCUCCAGCAUAGCCCCACGUAGAACAUGAAUGAAUGCACUUUUUUGGAAUACUGCCCGUCAUCCACAAUCCUAAUGUGAGACAUGAACACACAUGUCUUUCUCUUUUUUGUGCAUUCUAAAGACAUAAAAACAGAUAAAAAGAGGUAGGUAAUUAAUUCACACAGCAACAUAGAAAGGAACGCUACACCAAGCGUUAACUUUUCCAAAUUCAAAAACAAAAACACGGCAGCAGUGGCGGUAGCUCCAAUAUGUGGCGUUAACUUUCGCUAGUUGCCUGAAGCGUUGUGAGCGAGGUGCCGACGUGUUGCGGGCGAGUGUGUGGUGAAUAGGGUUGCCAACUCCCGCCACAAUAAAUAACGGACACCUUGUUGGCAGGGCCAACCAACCCGAUUGUUUGCAGUUAAUUGCGUGAAACAAAUUUUGUAUUAUUUGACAAACCUAGUUAUAAAAAUACUCAGAUUUGAAGCAAAUAUUCUUUGGUCAGCUACCCAACAUAAGCUGGCGAGCUACUGGACACACUAUGUGUUUAUAUCAAAGAACUUAGACACACAAUAGUCACCUGUCACUUCCGUGUGGGACAAAAAUGAGCUCCGAACUAACUGCGUUUUUAAAGACAUAUCACUAUGGUAAAAAAAAAGUUACAUUUGGAGUCCAAAGACCAGAAGCUAGGCGGAAAACUAGCUAGCUAGCUGCCGCCAGUGAGGCAGAGUGACAGGCGGGCAAAGUGUGUAAACAAAGUUGCCAGAAAAAGUGGAACGGCAAUCUGAUAGGUGAGCGAUCAGACAUGUUGGCGUCGACAGGCGUAGCCUGUGACAAGCCGUCAUUAAUUGACUCUACAAGUUUUGAUUUGUUUUCUUGGGUGUAACAAUGUUAACAACAAUAAUAAUAACAAUGUCACUGUAGCUUGGCUAAUAUGCAGGUCACAUUAUGGAGGGUUCUUUCAGAAGGCUUCAUAGGCGGGAUAGGUGCGUCCCAAAAAAGUGCACUUUUCCUUUAAAGCGGGUUUGAAUGCGAGCAAUGUGCGCUCAAUACAUCAGUGAACAUUUCUCUCCUUUGUCGACCAAAAUAAAAUGUAGGGAUUUGCUUUCCCUUAAUGGAGAUUUUCCGAGUUAAUCUGAAGGAUAUGCCUGAAGGACACUUUGUAUUAGUCAGUAAUUGGAUGCUAAUAACGACUACAUUAGCCUGUCUUGCAACACGGUAUAGCGGCAGGCGGCAUCUUUGAUUCAAACAUUGAUUUGAUUAGACUUGUAGAUACCUUUCACCUCUGCAGCAAAUUUCCAUGGUGAGAUUGUGUCUCUGAGUAAGGGCGAAAGAUCCCCGAAUAGACGCAUCCUAAUUAGGGUGAGUAAUGAGUCCUGAGCUGUGGCGUGCGUGUGUGUGUGUGUGUGUGUGUGUGUGUGUGAGUGAAGCACAUCCCCAGGACAAGGCACCCACCAAAUAAUGCACAUCCACCCGCAGCGCCACAAUCAGUUAAAAGGAUCAGCACUUACCUCAUCAUGCUGCCAUUGAAAACUGCAUUUAGAGUAAUUGAACUGAAAACAUAUGGAAAUCACUGGACAUGGCCAUGAUUAAAUAAUGUGGGCGAUUAUCCCCACCUCGAGGGGGGAGAAAACACAUUUUCAAAGCCAUUUAGCAACCGAAACAAAAUUUAAACAACAACAACGAUGCACUGUGAUUAAACCCCCUCCCCCGUAAGCAGCGGGUGCGAUCAGUGACCUGGAAUUAACGACAAACGGAAAGACAGUAAGGAGUGAUAAAGCCAAUGCCACAUCGCCUCAGUCACAAAUUUGAUCUGUCCAAGUGUCUCGACGCAUUUUUAAGACUUGCAACUGCUUUGCGUUGGUAUCACAGGCACAGAUCUCCUUGAUCGUCAAUUUGGUGCACGAAUGUUGAGGCGUUACUCACCACGAAGUAACGGGCCUGUUUGAUUUCCUUUACCUCGGACUCUUAAACUGAAGCCAAUAGUGACUCACAACUGGAACAAAACAUCACUCAUACUGAACAGAAGGAGGUCAACCUGCGAUCGAAGGAUAGGACGUCACCAAGCACUGAAAUGCACUCAGAAGUGUGUUGAAUAAUAUUUAAUUUGUGCUUUGCAUUGAUUUGCUGUUGAACUCACCUGAGUAUUUUUUGCCUCUCUGUAGUCCUGUAUCGUAAAGUGAUCAUUUCUGUGGACAGAUGGACAAAUUAGUGUGCUGAAAUUGGCAGGGGGGCGUUUUGUUUCGUAUCGGUCAAAGGAUCUUAGCAAAGCGGUUGUGUGAAUAGAAAUAGAAAAAAAGAAAUAAAUAAAUCUGUGGGUGGUGUUGGUGUACAUAGGUCUCCACAACCCCCUGUCUGCCGUCAAAGCAGGCUGGGAUUUUUAGCAUGGAUUCCAAAGAUAAUUGGUAGAAACUGUUUUACUGUUUCUUUCACAUUCGGAAAUGUCAGUGCUGGUUUUCAUACUCAAAAAGGCCCUCCUCGUGAACUGAAAUUAACUGCACAUAUAUUUUCAUCUUUUUCACAGUCCUUGGAGAACAAAGACAAUUGCCUUGAGACGACGUCUUUGCAAGAGAGAAUCUCGUUGUUAUCCUAAUUGUUGGUAUAUUUAUAUAGGAUACAAACGCUUGUGAUGCCAUGUUUUUGUACAGUUUUAUGUACAUACAAGUGACGCUUUCUAAAAGUUCUGAGAAAAGCCGAUGGCAUAUAAAAAUUGUAACACGUUUUCUUGAGCUGUGCACAUCUUUGCCUUGGUUGGAUUGACCUUUGCUGAGUCGGUGUGAAUGUGGCCGUUCUAUGCCUGCACUGUAGUCAUUCACUGGCUUCCACCUGCUGAGGACUUAAUCAGUUAUUAUGUUUAUUGUGAACAGUGGUUUGUCUUAUCUUACCGGUUUGUUAAACUCCUGUGUUUUUACUUUGUUCUGUUUUCGCAUGUUGACAACUUCUCUUGUAAUACUGUCCUCAUGAACUUUGUAAUAAAAGUACU